GCACACUCGAGUCAGAAUUGGCCACAGCCAUCCUUGCUUUCUUCAACCAAAAAUGAACCAAGUAGCCGGAGCAGAGAUGAUUCCGAAACUCAUGUUUCAGAUUCUUUUGCUUCUUGGCUCCAUAAAAGCUCAGGGGCAGGCUGCCACUGAUCAGCUUGCUAAGCCUGGCUGCCAGCAAAAAUGUGGGAAUGUUACCAUUCCUUUCCCCUUUGGAAUUGGACCAGCCGGUUGUUUUCUCGAUGACUGGUAUGAGGUUGCUUGCCCAAAUGGCACAAACACUCCCAGACUCAAAAAACUCAACUUGCAGGUGCUGAAUAUCACCCUUCCAGACUUCUAUGGACCAGGGGGUGAUGCCAUGAUCACAGUCAGUUUCCCAGUAAUCUACUCCAGAGACUACUCCAAAAACCAAACUCAUGAAUCGGUCAUGCUGGAAGGAAGCUCAUUCAUGAUCGCUCAGGACAGGAACAUCUUUGCUGCAGUGGGGUGUAGCGACGUUGCCCUUAUCGAGAACACCAAGUCUGCGGUUGUUGGAUGUAAGCUGUCAGAGUGCAGCUCAAGAACCAAUGGCACAAGCAUCAGCCCCAAUAGUGAUUGCUCGGGUUUGGGUUGCUGUCAAACAACGACAAUGUUUGGACUGCAGUCCUUCAAUGUGAGUUUUCAAAAAGACGAAGCUGCCUCUGGAGCUGUGGAGGGAUGCAGUUAUGCAGCUUUGGUCAAUCGAUCUGAGUUUUCUCCUUCUCGCAUGCAUGCUUUGGAACAGGAAGGAUAUGUGCCGGCAGUGCUACAAUGGGGCGUGGCAAACACUACACACUUUGGAAUUAAUCUCCUGGGUCAUACUAGUCGCGAGAAUCACUAUUCCUGCUCAAAUAUAAGCAUGUCUGACAAUGAUCCAAUUAUGCCGUUCAUGCAGUGUUCCUGUGACUAUGGCUAUGCUGGUAACGCCUACCUGGACAAUGGAUGUCAAGGCUCGCGGCACAGGAUUGAUCUCAGAUACAUAACAGCAUUCAUAUAUAUUGCACUUCUAAUAGGUAUUGUAGGUAUUGCAGCGUGCCUUGUUUCCUCGGGUUGGCUGUGCAGUUCAAUGAAAAGGAGAAGGAAGGUCAAGGAAAGAGAGAACUUCUUCAGGAAAAGGCUGCGAAAUGGAGGUCCGGUGUUGAAGCAACAAUUAUCUUCACCCAGCGAAAACAUAGAGAGGAGCAAAUUGUUCAAGUCGGUGGAGCUGGCCAAGGCUACAAACCAAUUCAACGAGGACCGCGUACUCGGUCGGGGAGGCCAAGGAACUGUUUACAAGGGAAUGCUAGCCAACGGAAAAAUUGUUGCAGUGAAGAAAUCUAAAGUUAUAGAUGACCACUACAUCGAACAGUUCAUAAAUGAAGUCAUCAUCCUCUCGCAAAUAAAUCACAGGAACGUGAUUAAACUGUUGGGAUGUUGUCUCGAUACAGAAGCUCCUCUUCUAGUAUAUGAAUUUGUCCCCAAUGGAACUCUCUACGAUUAUCUCCAUGAUCCAAAUGCAGAGUUCCCAAUUUCAUGGGGCGUGCGCUUUCAAAUUGCUAGUGAAGUCGCAGGAGCUCUUUUCUAUCUGCACUCUGCUGCAACUGUGCCCAUCUACCAUCGCGACGUAAAAACGAGGAACAUACUCUUGGAUGAGAAAUAUCAGGCCAAACUAGCAGAUUUUGGAACGUCAAUCUCAGUUGGCCUCGACCAGACGCAUGUUUCCACAUUGGUACGGGGAACCUUCGGGUACUUGGAUCCAGAGUACUUCGAGUCGAGCCAAUAUACUGAUAAGAGCGACGUUUAUAGCUUUGGAGUUGUCCUUGUUGAGCUAUUAACUGGACAAAAGCCUAUCUCGUCACUGAGGGCACUCGAGGGAAGAAGCUUAGCAACCAAUUUCAUCCUCUCGAUGCAACACGGUAACCUGUCUGAUAUUCUUGAUGAGCAAGUGUUGGAGCAAGCUCCUAAGGAAGAGGUUGAAGCAGUUGCCGACCUUGCCAGAAGAUGUUUAAACUCGUCUGGAAAUCAAAGACCUACAAUGAAAGAAGUAGCAGUGCAGUUGGAGGGCAUAAGGAAGGUGUCACAUCCUCUCAAAAUCAAGCAAACUGAAAAUGCCAUGGAGUUUGUCUUGUCUGAUCGAGCAACAGAGAGAAGCGACGGUCUCUUCACAUCAUCAUGCUUCGAACUAAUUGCUACUGACACUUCAAUGACAUCAGAUGUUCACCCUCUGAGAUACGGCGAAACUUGGUGAACGAGUGCAAGAGGCUGCUGUGUUAUUCUGCAUAUGUUUGUGUGACAGUCGAUAUUUAGUAUGGUGUGUAAUUGCGACUCAAUUUAUGGUGAAUUUAGAAAAUCAGGGAAAUCCUAGGGUGCAAUUAUUUGUUUUCUACAUGCCAAGAUCAUGAAUAAAGAACUGCGUCUACUCUCCAACCUUAUAUUUAAUUAGUUUGCUUUAAUCUCUCCAAGAAAGUGUGAACCGGAACAGCUUGAAGGCUAGACAAGAGCAUGGAAUUAAAUAAAGGAGUGUCGAGGCCGCUACGGCCUCUAUGUAAUGGUAUCGAUGGCCACCGAUACCAGUACGGGCUGAUAUUGCGGUGAGUUUUUCUUCCUAUGUUGUAGCGCCCGCUAUUAGCGGCUGUAACGGCCAAAAUAGCGGCCGUAGCGGCUGUUACAGCCGAUUCAAGGGUUU